CCCCUGUCUGUCACACACGGUUUGUCUCUUGGAGGAGAGAAUCGGAGAGUAGGGAUUAGGAUGAUGGUGAUAAUGAAUAUGCUGUUAUCGGCGUACUUCAGAGACCUGUCAGUGAUGCACGGAUGAAACGAUGCAACGUGGGAAAGAAACAUUUUAAAUCGUUAUUAUUGUGUUGGCUAUUUCCACUAUUUAUUCUAAAUGGCGACCGAAUGCACAGAACAAGCCGUCCUGGAGUUCCUGACGGAGAGAGGAGGGUUGGUCAGAUAUAUGGACCUGAUUGAUAAUUUUGAAUCAGUGUGGAAAAGUGAUGCGUCAAAGAAAACACUGUUCAAUGAAAGGUUGAACCGUCACGUUGACAGCGUUGCUUUCAUAAAACUGGAGGAUGGAGUGAAAUUCGUGUGUUUGAAGGAAAACAGCACAAGCUCCGUGAAGCACACAGACCCUGGCAACGAUGGAGAGUGUAACGGCAACGAGGUGUGUGGUAGGGACCGCCCACUAUCUGAAUCUGGAGAACGGGGUGGGAGCAGCAAUGUCAGCCGAGAUGGAAACGGACAUUCUAGUGAUACAUGUGAUUCACCUGAAAAAGACUCUAAUGCACCCGACGCCCUAUCUUUGCUUGAUAAUGACAUGGAAUCAAACGGUAAUGUUCAUCAUCCAUGCUGCCUAGAGGAAGGUAAAGUUAUUGAUGUUACCUCAGGUGGAGUCACAGAGGUGAAGCUUAGAGAAGUUAGUGAUGAUACCUUCUCUGGUGGAGAGGUGAAGCUAAGAGACAGGAGGAGGAGAGAGUCAGCUCCAGCACUGGGGACAGACUCAGGUGUGUUGGCUGGCCAGGUGCAGGUGAGGGGAAGUAGGAGGACCUCCCGGGGCUCCCAGAGGGCUCUGCUGACCAGCGCUCUGUCAGAGGACGGUGGGUGGGAGGGACUGGAUGGAGACUGGAACACCCCCAAGAGCAGCCGCAGGAACUUCAUAGAGCUGAUGAUGAGCAGCUCCCCACAGGUACGUCGGUCUCUGAUCAACCGUGGCUCUCGUCUCAGAGACUCUGUCAGGAGCGACGGUGACUCCACCUCUCUGCUGUCGUCUGCAGACGGGGACUGUGUCUCAGUUGCCCUGGACCCCCUGGAGCACGAGUGGAUGCUGUGUGCCUCGGACGGCCAGUGGGACAGUCUGUAUCCGCUGCUGAUCCUGGACCCCAGCCUGCUGACCAAGAGGGACUUUGUGACGGGCUUCUCCUGCCUCCACUGGGCUGCCAAGCAGGGCAACGAGGAGCUGUUGACACAGCUACUGGAGCAUGCCAAGCAGAACAAUGUCCCUGUGGAUGUUAAUGUACGCUCUAGUGCUGGGUACACUCCCCUUCACCUGGCCGCUAUGCAUGGACACACACAGGUGGUGCAUGUGCUGGUAGACCAGUGGUCUGUAGACCCAGAGGCCAGAGACUACAGUGGGAAGAGAGCUGGCCAGUACCUUCCCCCCUGGAGUCUCAUCUACUGCAGCCCUGGAGCCAGGGGGUGGGACCAGCCCUGUAGGAGGAGGAGAAUCAGACACGGAGAACGCAGACAGCGGGGCACAAGGGGGGCGGUGGAGAUUACCCAGAGUUCUCCAGUCCAACCUGAACCCACUGAGGCUGCUGAACGGAUCAGGGGAGGGGGGGGGAGGGGGCGGGAGGGGGGGCAGGAAGGAGCAAGGCUGUUCAGAGGAAGUCGUCUCUGA